AUGGCGUCUCUUAGUUUGAGAACUAUACCUGCCCUUCUGAUCUGGUAUUUCUUACCUUGUACCACCGGAGAAGAGAUACCAAUCUGUGGCGCUGAAAACCCAAACGGAAAUAUUAUUGAUUUGACAGAGCCGUUGAGAGACUUUCUAGAAAAUGAUAAGCACAUCAGAGCAUCGAAAUUCGGAAAACACAGCCUAAGUUCUAGUUACAUUUACAUGGCUGAUCUUUACCCACCUUUAAAGAAGCACACUUUGAUUUAUCUCAAUGGUAAAGCUGAAGCCCAUUAUUUUGAAAGGUUUGUUACAUUACCAGGACCACAGCCUCCAAGAGAAGCCAGAGUAAUGAUGUUCAGGGGCGACAAAUAUCCACCCGUUGUGGAGGAAUACAAAUGUGGCCCUCUGCCCAAUCUACGCUUCUGUAAGCUAUUACAUUUACCUGGUCGCAAAAACCCAGUGCCAUUUGCUUAUAGACCCUUUGACGAGACGGAAAUCAGAGCUACCAUUGACUACAUCUUAAAGCCCCUGAACCAUUCAAUCAGUCACAUCUUAAUGGAGAGCUACAACGCAACAUUUUGUAUACCGCCCCAUUCCGGUGAUUGUUUAAUGUUUACAUUGCUGCCUGUUGGAACAGCUUUCCUGGGAGACAUUGAUAAAAGUUAUAACGUACCUUUCUUCUCGCUUCAUCCAGUUGACUUUGGCAUCCUAGUUAACUUUGACAGCGUCGAUCCAUACUUAUGGUACAUUGAACAGUUGUGGUACGCUGGCCAAGUGUUUCACAGUGUUGGGCAAUUUGUUUAUCAAUACAAGGACAAAAUUCAUAAGAUAGUAUUGCACAAACUGGUGGACAACGCAGAACUUUUCUCAAGUUUACAACUACGAGGUGAUCCAGUUCCACAGAAACCUCAAAGACCUCCACUCCAAGUGGAGCCUGAUGGGAAAAGAUAUUCCUUGGUCAACAGGGAGGUGACCUACAUGCACUGGAUGUUCAACUUCAGGAUGUCCGCCUUAACAGGACCUGUCUUGUACAAUGUGAGAUUCAAAGGGGAGAGAAUAGUCUAUGAGAUGGGGCUUCAAGAAAUUGCUGUGUUCUAUUCUGGGCGUACGCCUUUAACGGAAACCAUUAACUUCGUACACAGCGGAACUCUGUUGGGGUCUCAUUCUAAAGCAUUGAUACCAGGCGCGGACUGCCCAGAAUACUCAACGUUGGUCAACCAGCAUUCCUCUUACUCCAGACAUGAAGGGUCGUUCUAUGGAGGCAUGUUGAACUCAGUACUCACACUCAGAUCGGCCCUAGUGAUCGACAACUUUGACUACAUUAUUGAUUUUAUAUUCCAUCAGAACGGUGUUAUUGAGACAAGACUUAUGACUACAGGUUAUAUUGUGGCCUCGUACUUAAGUGACAUUUUGAGGCCCUACUCCUUCAAACUGAAGCCGAACAUUGCAGGUCUCGUUCACCAUCACAUGGCACAUUUCAAAGUAGAUCUGGAUGUGAUGGACACCAGGAACCGCUUUGAGACUUUAGACAUUGUGAAAGAAAGUGUGUUUCUAAAACAGAAUCACUAUGUCACUUCUCAGCAAGUGAAAUUUGUGUCUUCUUUAAAGAAAACUGAACUCGGUGCUGUUUAUGACUAUGAUUUUAGAACCCCUAAAUAUUUGAUUGUUCAUAAUAAGAACGAUGGUACUGAGCAUUGGGCAAGCAAAGCUUAUAGAGUACAGUUGUAUGGGAUGUCGCCCAAUCUUGUCUGUGAGGGUGUUGGCCACGAGAGAACUGUCCCUUGGGCCAGACAUCAGAUGGUCGUGACUAAACACAAGGACAGCGAGCAAUGGUCAAGCUCAAACUAUGCGAUGUUUGACAGCUUGGACCCUGUGGUAGAUUUUACAAAGUUCUACACUGAUAAUGAAGAGAUAGUAGAUGAGGACCUGGUAUUGUGGAUCUCAACUGGUUGGUACCACCUACCUCACAAUGAAGACCUACCCGUCACUCCAGCGGUUGGGAACCACAUUGGUUUUUUCCUACUACCCUAUAACUACUUCCCGGAGUGUCCAUCCAUGGGGUCACGUGAUGCAAUGUAUGUGGAACAUUCGAAAAACUACGAUUACAGUGCAGGUGUUCUUGUAGACAGAAAUGGAAACUCCCUCAACCAAUGUAUUACUGCAAAGCCAACGUUAGAAGAUGACCUUAAGCUAAAUCCAGACAUUGCACUAGAGACGAACCGCGUGGACCCAAAUUUAUAA